CUAUGAUAAUGUUCGACGUCCACUAGCCGACGUCAGCAGAAAUGUACGCCACUUGUCUAGGAUUGUCACGUUGUGUAGCGGACGAUUCUGCUAAUGCUGGGUUCUUCUGUCCUUUGAGAGCGAGUGCCUUUCCACAGCGCAGUUUGGUUUACAGAUGUAGAUCGGAAGUCAAACUUUCAACGUUCGGCAGAGCGCUAGGCAGCUAUAAGAUGUAGGCGACCGCUGUAGACGUCCCGCCGACGGCGGCCAUCAAGCAGAGGAUGACAGCUGUUGACAUGAAGCACGGUGGUGGUGGAAGGGACCACAAAUGUCAUAUUUCGUCUGAGAGGGCCCUUCCAGAGUCAACGCGUCCCGUGCACCGAUACCAUGACACCGACAAGGAUCGUACUGGAAUCAACCUGCAAAUCGCGUCGAAUGGCUGCGGGAAAGCAUCCGGUUUCUCGUAUGGCGAAGACCGACGGGUACCGAGGCUUCUCCCUGGCAGGCCGGCCAAACGCCACUGGGGUGUCCGCGUCGUCAACCGAGUCGGCGUCCAGUUGGGCAAAAACGUCGAUUCUAGUCUCAACGCAAUAUCUUCCGCCUCCCAGAGCCGACCCUGUCGCUCUCUUCCAUCAAACCCGGCCCGUCAUGGCUGUUCCGACGGCAACGACAGACCUCAUAGGCACACUGCUGGAGGUCGUGUGCUACGGCGAGUGGCUCAGGCUCAGUCGCACCACCAGGGACAAACUCAUUGCGCGCCGCAGGGAUGUACUUUGUCCUCUUUCUCAAGCUUCUCUGCGUACUCUACGCCGACACUGCUUUUCCUCGCCGUUGCUCUGGUGAUCUUUUCCCUGGUCACUACGCAUCUAGCAUUGCAGGUCAAUCGCAUACUUCACGCAUUCACCGAUCACAUGGAUGUAGCGAAUGCACCAGUGAAAUACUAUCGCAUGCUCAACCGGCAGUACAGUGCUGCCAAGGCUUCCAUCUAUACGGUGCUCACCCUCGUUUGUGAUGCUCUCAUGAUCUAUCGGGUGUUCGUGGUUCAUGAACGCAAGUGGCUGGCAAUAGCUGUCCCUUCCGUGCUCUUUCUGACCAACAUAUCACUGGGUACAUGGUACAUCUGGAGUGUUUCGCAGCCUGCGGAGGACUCGGACAUGCCAAUAAACUCUUUUUAUGUUGUUACUCUAACACUCAAUCUCCUGAGUACAGGUAAGGAAGACGAAUACAAGUGUGAUCCCCGAGACUUACAGAGCGGCCAUUUACUCCUGCUUUCACACUGCGCUCAUUACAACGAGAUUCAUGCAUUCGGCUGGGCUGUGGAUAGUCUUAGACCCCAUGUGCCCCAUCAUCGGGAUGAUCUUCUCGACUGUGAUGAUUCGUGCGUCGAGGGAACACCGCAGCACCUUCAAGGGUGGGGAUUUGUCUGUGGGUACGCAUUCCAAGACAGAAGAUUAAGACCGAUGUCGCCAACAAACUAUCAUGUCCGGAACGGGGGCGCAGACAAGAGUACUGUCGCCGCCUGACUGCGUGGCUUUGGCCCGCGGUCGUUCGCGGGGGGCGUGGUUGUGAAUGUACUCUAGUACACGACACCUUCAGAAUCGACCUGGAUUUGCCUGUAGCAUCAAGUAGCUUUGAGCAGCUCGGUAAGCUGAAUUCCUAACCACUUGCACUUGUAUCGUGUAAAUUGCAAUUAUGUUCUGUACCACUCAUAUUCGUGAAGAUGUAUCUCAUACUCUUAGGUACACGGUGCCCCGCACAUACUUAUUAUCAUGUGUUCUGGGGUCCCUCUCCAGUGCGCCGUGGGCCGUCGGAAAGCGGGACGCUUGUAGGUACCCUGCUACAGAUCAUACCCACCGCGUCAGCACCUUCUGUGUGCAUAUACAUGGCCAAACCCGUGAACGGAUAUAUCUAUUGAA